AUAACAAAAUAAAUAUCAGUGCAAUCUCAAAAAAUUAUCUCCAUUAAUGUGCUGUUGUGUGACCUAAAUAGUUUUUCCAAUAUUAUCCUGUGGCAGCAGAAUUUGAAAAAAUGGACGUAGAUAAUGACCCGUUGGACCAGAACCUUUUGCGCCAGUUCAAUUGUAUGUGUACGACGGACAAAGAAAAUCUGGUUAAAGGUCUGCGAGAAUUAAUCGGUGAUCAGCUUACAGAAUCUGCAGCAGUUUUUUUCUUAGAAAUGAAUGACUGGAAUAUGCAUAGAGCUGUUGGGACAUAUUUUGACGUUAACUCUGAAGGUGCACUCCCAUCUAUGUCUUUGGUAAGAGAUGAAAAUAGUGAAAAUGUCCUACAGUUGCCACCAAAUCUUAGAUUCACCAAAUGUUGGGAAGUAAAGAAUAAUGGUCGAAUUGCCUGGCCACCAGGAUGUACUCUUCAGUUUAAUGGAGGCGAUUUUAUUUCUGUCUAUACUUCAUUGCCUACUACUACACUUGAACCCGGAUGUACUAUGACUUUAUGCACUGAUUUUGUAACACCAUCUAAGCCUGGUUCAUAUCAAUCUAAAUGGCGUAUGAUGUUACCAACCGGGACAUAUUUUGGAGAUAUUAUUUGGACACUAGUGCAAGUAGAAGAUAAUGAUUCAUUUCAAAAUGAACUAUCUAGACAAUUGGUAGAAAGCAUUAAUUUGGGUUCAUCUGAAAUGCAAAAUCAACCUGAUGUCAUUAAUCCAUUUACACCACAACCAAACCAACCACCAAACCAAGACACUGAUCAAUCUCAAAACAAUAUGGAAAGUGAUUUAUUGUGAUUUUGGAAUUGACUCAUUUGAUUGUUGAACAUUGGAAAAUUAUCAUAUUUUUAAUUUUGUUACAAACAUUAUUUUAAUAAAAAUUAGUUUUAAAUUAACUGAAAAUUACAUAGAUAUAAUUGACAGGUUAAAAUAAAAUUGAAAGUGUGAAAAUUAAUAUUAAGAAUUUAAUUAAAAUAUAUAUAUAUAUAUAUAUUUUC